AUGUAGGAAGACUUAAAUUCCAGCCUUGAUUCUUUAGAAUUAGAAAUAUAUCAUCGUCCCAAUCCUAAAAUAAAAGCUAUUCUAAACUUUCUAAGAUCAAAAAAUCUAUAAUUCUGUACAGAUCCUCGUUAAAAAGAAGAAGAUUAUUAUUCUAAAACAGUUAAUAAAGAAGAUAAUAAAGAUCUAGGAUUGACAAAAAAUAAGUUUUUUAAGAGAAAUGACAAACAUUUUACUUAUCAAUUAAAACAAUGA